UUUACGGUCACAUUAUUUUCAGCACCUCAAAUAAUAUUUCAGGUCAGGUUAUUUUAGCUGGAUAUACUUAAAUUCUAGACAAAUAUGGCCGAUAACGCAGAACCACUAACUUUGUCAAGAGAUGUCAAAAGAUCGAUAGAGCUCUUGGAAAAGCUGCAAGCUAGUGGAGAUUUCCCCACAACAAAACUGGCAGCCCUACAAAAGGUAUUAAACUCCGACUUCAUGACGUCCGUCCGGGAAGUAUACGAACAUGUUUACGAAACGGUGGAUAUCCAGGGAUCCCACGACGUCAGGGCUUCCGCAACUGCCAAGGCCACAGUGGCUGCCUUCGCUGCCAGUGAGGGUCACGCACAUCCCCGAGUGGUCGAACUGCCCAAAACGGAGGAGGGCCUAGGUUUCAACGUAAUGGGAGGCAAGGAGCAAAAUUCACCCAUCUAUAUAUCCCGUAUAAUUCCUGGAGGAGUUGCAGACAGGCAUGGAGGGCUGAAACGAGGCGAUCAACUUCUCUCUGUAAAUGGUGUGUCUGUUGAAGGAGAAAAUCACGAAAAGGCCGUUGAGCUGCUUAAACAGGCUGUUGGAUCUGUAAAGCUGGUAGUACGCUACACUCCAAAGGUUCUUGAAGAAAUGGAAAUGCGUUUCGAUAAACAACGCAACACACGUCGCCGCCAAUAAAGCACUUGGGCAAACAACUUAAGCCAUAGUAGUUUUUUGCCACUAGAUCAUACUAUUAUUCACGUGUGCGUAAAUCAAACCCUAUGCGAAUAAUAUAAUUUAAUAGGUAUACCAUUUAAUUAUUAUUUAUUACAAACGAUAAACUCCGAAAAUAACUCUUAAAUCGUAAAAAGUGAGUGUUAUGUAUUUUUACCUAAAGUACUGUGUUGGUUUCUGUUCCAAUAAAAGUAAAAGAAAAUAA